AUGAACUACUACCCCCAGGGACAGUCGCCGCCCAUGCAACCGAAGUCUGAGAAUAUGCUGAAACAUCCAGACACGGAGGUUUCUGUGGUCGUCACAACCUCUCAAUUACAUACUUCUCGGCCGAAAGGUUUCAUAAAUGCGCUCAACCCUCGGUCACGGUUCCGGUGGAAGGAGCCACACUUCUACCAAGAGCCGGCAUGGAAGUACGACCAGGCAUACAGCUACAGGCACCGAGACGGCAUGACGCGAGUCUGGCAGGGGGCUGAGGAUGAUCGAUACAUCAGCCCUUACGACGGACACAUUGCAAAGCUGGUGGUCCAGUGCACCGAUGAAAUUUACGAGAACCCUGGCAACUCGACUUAUCGUCGCACCUACAUCAGGAACGUAAGCACCAAGAUGUUGCGUCUGGCCAACUGGCCCACGAGCCACUUCGACUUCGAGAAGGGGGAGUACAGGGAGUUCGGCACGGGUUGGUUGGUUGCUAAAUGGAUCCCAACUUGCUUGGCUCUGACGGUCAUGAUUGUUUUCUACGGUGACGGAGCCCAAGAGCGCAAUGGCGGAAACUACGAUGUCUUCGCUUACCGAUACCAUGGUUAUGCGAAGGUCGCUCGUAACGUUCUCGAGUAUCCGAGUAGCAGCGCGCUGCCUUACGGAACCCCAGACGCGCCUGCUGAGGGCAGCAACCCCGUCAUGGAAAGGCUCCUCAGCCCGCGGUAUCUCUGCGUGCUGCAAAACCCGUCUGACAAGAACGGCAACAGCGGCGUGAGCAUCCAGAAGAUCGAAGACAGCAACAACAACAGUUGGGUAGGCAGCUACCUCUUCAUCGCCUACACAGCCGAGCAGUUCAGCCACAGCUCCGAGGAGGACAUGCAAGCGCUCCACGCCAUCGCCGAGACGGCCGCGCGCGCAGCCGGGCUCCCCGCGUACUGGGUCGGCUGCAGCUGCAUGCCCGACGAGCGCGAGAUGGAAGACGACGUCUUCCGCAUCAGCGACGUCAUCCGCGGCUCCGCCGGCCUCUGCAUCGCCGUCGGGCCCUCGCACGGGUCGUCCCUCUCCGAAAAGGACACCUGGGACAUGCUGCGUCAAUGGGGGUCGCGCCUCUGGACGUUCCCCGAGGUCCUCCUCAGCCCCAAGGGCGCGCCCGUCACGGUGUAUCGCCGCGACCAGCUGGACAGCCCGCUGGCGGUGCCGAAGAACCAGUUCGCGAAGCGCGUGUGGGCGGACGCGGCGGUGGCGCGGCAGCUGGUCGAUCACUACGAGGGCAACCUGACGCUGAGCCGCCUCGAGCUGGACACGAUCGCGCUGCGCUGCCUGCACAGCCGCGCCACGACCCAGUAUCUUCCCGGCGACCACUCGUACGCGCUGAUGGGGUUGUUGCGCGUGCGGCCCAAGGUCGACCACACCGACUCGGCCUUCCAGGCCUUUGCGCGCCUGUCCCUCGCCAACGACAGCAACAUGCUGCUGGAGCGCCUGGUGUGCACGCUGCCCAAGACGCCGGCCCAGCACUGGUCGUGCAUGGACGACGCGUGGGAUGCCAGCCUGUGGGACAUCCAGCCGCAGAUCCAAAUUGCCGGCAUCUGCGACGACGACGCCAUCAUCAUCGACAACGCCCUCGGCGCCGCCAUCCGCUGGAAAUCCUUCGCGCCCGUCAAAAACCUGCGCCGCACAUCCUGGAAGCGUCUCUUCGCGCAACUCAUCCUGCACUCGUCCGGCAUCCUGCUCAUCAUUUCCUUCACCCUCUUCAUCUCGCCCUACACGCGCAGCGCGGGCAUCGUCCUCUUCCUGCUGUCCUUCCCCUUCAUCGCCGCCGGCCCCCACCUGCUGCGCAUGCUGUACUCGGGCAAGUUCUGGUACUCGCAGCCGUGGUUCUUCGGCUUCGAGGGCUACAUGGACGUCGAGACGAUCGAGUCGCAGAUCUGGGGCGCCCGCCUCGGCCGCCUCGAGUGGUCCGCUUUCGGCAGCCCCCUGGCGCGCCACCGGCGGAAUGAGCAUGGCGAAAGGAUCGGUGUGGAUCCGACGUCUGACCCCAAGGUCGCGGAGAUUGUGGAGAGGGCGAAGACGGCGAGUCCGAAUGAGCAGCGGGUCUUCACCCUCAUCGAUACCCGCACCAUGGAGGUCAUCCUGUUCCAGGCUAACCGGCCGCCGGUCGGCAUCCUGGUGUGCGGCAGCGAAGGCGGCAUGCAGCGCGCCGUGGGCGUGUCGUACGACUGGACCACCGCGACGUGCUUCCGGGAGACGGUGUUCCGGCUCGACUCCACCGUGCACGACAAGAUGGACAGGGUCUCGAGGACGAAGCUUGGUCUGAAGAGGCCCGCCACGCGCGCCGUGUAUGUGGGGGAUAACUGA